AUGUCUCCGGCACAGGAAGCUUUGAGCGCUUUGAGCGAGGUACCCGGUUUGAGUGCCUUGAGCGGUACCUCGCUCAAGUACUACCUGCCGGCUGUACUACUUCUGCUGGGCGUGUGCUAUCUGCUACUGACUCGCGAUCGCCCAUAUCCAGGGUUCCCAGUGGCGCCGCAAGACAAGAACGACAAGCGCUCAUGGACCGAAGAUGGCAAGGCGAUUUUGGACGAGGGCUCGCAAGAGUUCGCUAGCUGUUUCCAAGUCCGCACUGGCUCUGGAUACAAGAUCAUUGUACCGAAUCGCUUCGUGGAUGAGGUAAAGAGUCAUUCAGACCUCUCCCUUGCCACUGCGGUGGCGAAGGACUUGAUGGCGGACUAUCCCGGCUUCGAUGGCUUGCAAGCCGCAUUGCAGGACGAGACCUUCAUCCAGGAGGUCGUGAGGGUGAAGCUGACGCAGAGCUUGGGCUUGCUGACCGAAGACCUGGUUCAGGAGACAAACGAUGCUUUUCAGGAGAUUGUGGGCGAGCCUGAGGAAUGGGAGACGUCAUGCCUGAAGGACGACACUCUGGACAUUGUGGCACGAUUGUCUGCCCGCAUGUUUCUGGGCGAGAAUCUGUGCCGCAACCAGAACUGGCUGCGGAUUUCCAAGGAGUACGCAGUGGACGCACACAAAGCCGCACAUGAGCUCACGAAGAUACCUGCGCUCGUCCGUCCUAUCAUCUACUGGUUCCUACCUAGGUGUGCACGUAUGAGGAAGCAAGUCCGCGAGGCCAAAGGAUUGAUCGAACCAGAGGUCAAACAACGGACGGCACAGGCUCAGGCGUCAUUUCAAGAAGGUCGCAAGAAGAUUUCUCAGGGAGCAGAUGCUAUCGGGUGGAUGAUCGAGGUCGCGAAAGGACAGCCCCGAGAUCUCGUCGCUGCGCAACUCUCCCUCAUUACCGCGGGCGUCCAUAUUACCUCCGAGGAGACGUCGAAAUGUAUCCUGCGACUUUGCGACCACCCCGAGCUUGUGCAACCACUCCGAGCCGAGAUGAUCGCGGUAUUAAAAGAACACGGAUGGUCUCGGACAGCAAUGUACAAUAUGAGAUUGCUUGAUAGCUUCUUGAAGGAGGUUCAAAGGAUUGACGGGUUCUUCUUGGCCACGAUGGUCCGCUACGUCAAGAAAGCCGUAACGCUGUCUGAUGGUACCGUCCUACCCAAGGGAGCGCGCCUUUUGGUUCCGAACGAUAGGGUCCACGACUCGAGUGUUUAUACAAACCCGGAGCGCUUUGAUCUGGAACGUUUCUCACGUCUUCGCGACAAGCCGGGCGAGGGAAAUAAUCAUCAAUAUGUGGCCACUUCCGCGGACCAGCUUGGUUUCGGUCACGGACAGCAUGCUUGCCCGGGCCGGUUCCUGGUGGCGGCCGAGAUCAAAACGGCACUGUGCUUCCUUUUAUUGAAGUACGACAUAAGGUAUUUGCCUGGACAGUCGCGUCUACCAGCCGUCAAAUUUGAGACACAGAGGAUCAUGGAUCCUAGUACGAAGAUCCAGAUUCGACGGAGGACCGAAGAGAUCGACUUGCUGCACCCCAAAAGUGUGGUGUAA